UCUCGAGUGCGUAAUCGGUACGGUCGGGUCAAAAGGUGCACCUGAUAAAUUCGUAGAAUGUGAGAAUGUGAAGUGAAUUUCAAACGAAUAGAAAUACAAACCAAGAACAUUAAUAUCGUUAAUUGCUGAUUGCAUGUUGAGAGGUUCAAAAUAAAAUAACUGAUUUUGAACGAUUUACAGACCCACGUUUCAUUUUUGAAAUGUCCAUGAGGCUCAAUAUUUCCAAAUAUAUGAUACACGUUGCCUGUACAACAGAACAGUAGCACUCAGCAAAUAAAAGCGGAAUUUCAAUUUUUGAAUUCAUUGAAUUGAAAUAAAUAUUCACGAAUUGUCUAUACCUAGAUUCACGAGUGAGUAGUGGUAUUAAUUCGAUGGGAAACGAACGGUGUAACGUUGUUCAAAACGAGUGGUGUAAAAAGAUUCCUUUUAGUGAAAGCCAGCAGAUUUUGAUGAACAUCAAAGGCUACGAAACAAUGAGAUCAUAAUGCUACAUUUUUCUCGACGAGAAUCUAAAGCGUACUUUACGCAAUGCUUGGAAGUCAAUUGCCGUUAAAUAUUGAAAGUUUUGAUUAGUUUGGUAAAGUUGUGAAGUUAUGUAGUUGCUGAGAGCUGCACAACGUGGAGAAAAUCAAUAUAACUAUUCGCAAAUUGUGUCCUGGUGAGAUUCACUAACCUGUGGAGAAGAUAAUUCCUCCAGCAUCAUUCGGAGUGUUCAGCUAUGCUUGCUAAUGAAUUCCACGACAAGUUUCAAAUAUCUCAAGUGCGAAGGAAAAUGUGUGCUCGUUAAACCGCUUAAUAUGAUUGUUUUCGUGAUUUUAAUUAAAUUAAUCUUCUGAGUACAUGUGACUUUUUUGCUUAAAAUAAUCCUCAUAUGAAUUUACUUGUGCGUUCGUGAGAUGUGAUCGUGAUUGAAGUGAACUAAAUUGACUCAAUCAUAUCGGAAGUACGGCUACACUAGUGUGCAAUCCAUCUCAUUAAGAUGCAAGUUGUAGUCCUAAAGUACGUACAAGUGCUGUGCAUUACUGUGUUCUUCUCCAACAACAUCAACUGCGAUAAUCUGCUGCUGCACAAUGCACAGGAGGAUCAGCACCUGUACAGGAUUGGGUCCUGUGCUGCGGAAUGCCUGGUGGAAGGAAACACACAUUCGUCCCUGAAGUUAUGCCAUACAUUGUGCACGGAAGGAACGGCAGAGCGAAGGUCGGAUCUCGUGCAAAAUACUGAAUUGACCUUCAAUAUCCGGCUGAUUUGUCGAGACAGCACUAGCUUAGUGGUCGAAAUCUAUCAAAGCGAGCAGCAUAAUACGAGAAAGCCGAAUGCAUUUCUUAAUACUUCCAAUGCAAUUCACCAUUCUGAUUCAAAGGAUUCCAAUCAUCAACGCCCAAAAAAAGCAAAUCAUAACAAUGCGCGGAGGGAAAAACGGAGCAUAGCUGGUGGCGAUUCAAACAUGAACAAUCGCUAUGAUGGCUCUGCUGGAAAUAAGAGUGAUAUCCAUUCGUCCACACACGAUAAUGAUGCUGGACCAAAGCAUAUGUCAUCACAUGCAAAGCAGACACGUUUCGUUUAUUUGGUAAAAGUGCAGGAAAGUGGAAAAAAGUUGGGAGAUAGGACUGUGUACAUGAGCAAUGCGUCGGUAAUCCAAAUGAAGGACCUAACACCGAAUCAACAGUACAAUAUCACAGCCACGGUACUAACAUCCCAUCGAGAAUUUGUUUACGUGGAAAACAAACCACAAUUCAAAACAUUGUCCGAGGAUUAUACACCGGGAAAUAUUACCAAAAUUGACGUAAUUGGCUUCCACAUAAACCACCAUAAUCAUGAAUUGUUGGAUGCUGUAGUUUCGUGGCAACCUGCACCAGACAGGACAUGCCACUAUGAAUUACUUUAUCAUGCGAGCCACUUGCCAGAUUAUCUUUCUAUGGUUGUUGAUGUUCAAAAGGAGCUGUAUAAUUAUACCAUAACGGCCCUGGAACUUAAUUCGGAGUACUACUUAGGUAUCCGGGCGAAAAAUAUGAAAAAUUCUUCAAAAGAAAGUGAAUUGAAAUGGCAUACAUUCCAUACCCCUAGCUGUAUAGAUAGGCAUGACGGCAGCAAAAUAUGCGCACCGGAAAGUGUAUUCAAUGUUCACGUUAAUUCAGUGUACCUUUCGGGUGACAACUAUAAAUUGAACAUCAGCUGGGACAAACCUCGCUUCCUUCCAGAUUACUACAUCAUAAGAAUAUAUGACCUAUAUUCUGCAACAGAGGAAGAUCCGGCAAAGUCAAUCACACGUAAUGUGAGCAGGGAAGCCACGAGCAUACUGAUAGAAUCGAUCACAAUACACGGUGCGCGGUACGAGGUGGACAUCAUUACCUACGCCAACAAUAGAACUGCUCAUACAUCGAAAAUCAACGAUUCUCCAAUCUGGCGAAGCCCAACAGAUCACUGGAACGGAGGACGACUGGCUGUUAUCAUUCUAACUCCUGUACUCACGAUUGGGUUGAUGAAAAUAUUCAUCUCACUAAUAUGUAAACGAAGAGCCAAGGUGAAGAGAUACGAACAGAGAUGUGAAUAUUUCAAGGAAUUGGAACAGAAAGCACCUGUUGACCCGGGUACCGGGUUUGAUAUCAAGGUAAAAGGAAUUCAAGAAAUUUUGCAUCCCACCACAUUUCCUAGCGAAUUGAUUGCGCCAAUUGACGACGAAAUGGAAAUUAGCAUAGAUCAAAUCAGACUGCUUGAUAUGUUGGGAGAAGGUGCCUUCGGAAGGGUUCGGAAAGGAAUAUUGCUUCAUCCAGUUGGAACGUACACUGAAGUUGCCGUUAAGAUGUUAAAGGAAUUCCCAAGCUUGGAGGAUAUCAAAGAGUUCCGACGUGAGAUUGAUGUGAUGAAGUCGGUAGGAAUACAUCCAAACAUUGUGUGCAUCGUCGGUCACUAUACGAAGAAUAUCAACGAAUUGAUGCUCCUGACGGAGUACUGCAGCGAGGGCAAUCUAUUGAAUUACUUACGAUACGAAUGGCACAAAAUAUUACGCAAUAGGAAUCGUUCGGUUUUUAUUGUGCAACAGAAGCUGAACUCUAUUGCAGAGUCAGAUGGAAACUUCGAAGCGUGCCGUUCACCAGGCCUGGAAUGUAACAAAAAACCUGAAAAUGUUUUUAAUUUCGACGCUCCCUUCAUACACGAAAAGAAAUCUCUAGCAUAUAAGAAUAUUUCUGACCAUAGUACAACGCAGCAAAUAUCGGAUACACCGAUUACUAAAAUAACAGAAAACCGACUGUACCCACUACUGAACGAUAACCUAAAUGAUAACAUUGGCCUUUACUUGGAUACCGAUAUGAACAGCUUUGAUGACAGUACAAACAUUUGCACCAAUGCGUGUAAAUGCAACGUUGAAAUACUUCAAUCGAGCAGUCCGGAAGCGGAUAAAUGGAAAGCGAAGACAUCAUGCAGCAUACAGAUUUCCGGUUGUGAAUGCAACGUAAACGAUACCAAAAACUAUGGGAAGCAUCAAUUGUUUGAUUUUGUUGAUAAUCAAUGCUACCACGAAGAUCUCAGCAAUGAAAACCGAAAUCAAAGCGCGGAAUGCAUCGUCACAAGCAGUCAACUGAUAGAGUUUGCUAAACAGAUUGCCGUUGGAAUGGAAUAUCUUGCCCGUAACAAGGUGGUUCAUCGUGACUUAGCAGCAAGAAAUGUGUUGGUCUGUUCGAACAAAGUGGUCAAAAUUUCGGACUUUGGACUAAGCCGUGAUAUAUACCAAGAAAACCUUUACCGCAAGACCGGGACGGGUAAGCUUCCGAUCAAAUGGCUAGCAUUAGAAUCGCUAAGCCAUCAAGUGUAUACAUCCCAAAGUGAUGUUUGGUCAUACGGGAUUUUACUCUACGAAAUUUUCACCCUCGGUGGCAAUCCUUACCCUUUGCUAUCAACAAGUGACUUGAUCAUGGAGCUCAAACGAGGAUAUCGCAUGGAAAAACCCGACAGUUGCAGUAAGGAGUUGUAUGACCUUAUGCUGAGUUGUUGGAGUGCACUGCCCAUCGAUAGGCCUACCUUCGUUACUAUACAAAACCGACUGGACGAAUUGAUGCAUCUAAGCACAAAGAGCAAUAAGGAAAUGAUCCAUUUGGAUGCUAUCAUUGAUAUUCAAAGUACAAAGACAACAUCGAGCGAACACUCAUACUUAAAACCGGUGGAGUAUUAAGAUGACCUGAAGGCGUACAAGCUAGCCCACGGUAGUACGGUAUAUUUUUAAAUUGAUGUGUACAAGUAAAAGAAUGGAUGUUAUAUUUUACGAGAUGAUUCUACAUUAAUA